UGAAUACUCUUGUGCACACACACCUUAACUCAAGACACUAUUCUUCUUCUCCAUCCUUCCAACAAUUCACACCGUUUCUUGAGCUUCUUCCAUGGCAGCAACCGCCUCAAUCAAUACACCCACGGAAACAACGUACAAUCCAUGCUUCAAUAACACCGCCUCACCUCUCCAACAACUCAUCUCCUCCAAAACUCGGAAACGUACAACCAACAUCAGCAACAAACAAUCAAACUCCUAUGCACUUCCUUGAAAGAGCCGCCGUCAUCUACGGCGACUGCCCUUCCAUUAUCCACAAAGACAUCACUCGCACGUGGUCCGAGACCCGCACCAGAUGCCUCAAACUCGCAUCCUCCAUCGCCGCCCUAGGCAUCACCCGCGGCGACGUCGUAUCAGUGGUGGCCCCCAACAUCCCCGCCACGUGCGAGCUCCACUUCGCCGUUCCCAUGGCCGGCGCCGUCCUCAACACCAUCAACACCCGCCUCGACGCCAACAACAUCUCCAACUUGCUCCGCCACUGCGACUCCAAGCUCGUGUUCGUCGACUCACAGUUCGCAUCUCUUGUCUGGGAAGCUGUUUCGCUGCUUCCGCCGCAUCUUCCCCGCCCGAUAUUAGUCCUCAUCGAAGACCAAGAAUAUAGCUAUACCGAAAAUUCGUUUGAUCAUGAUUACGAGAUCAUGGUGGAAAACGGUGACGCGGCGUUCGAGUGGGUCCGGCCCCGCAGCGAGUGGGACCCGAUCGCGCUGAACUACACCUCCGGCACGACUGCCGCGCCCAAGGGGGUGGUGCACAGCCACCGUAGCGCUUUCCUGCAGUCGGUCAACAUGCUGUUCCAGUGCUGCGUGCCUGAGCAGGCGGUGUACCUGUGGACAGUGCCGAUGUUUCACUGCAACGGGUGGAGUUUUCCAUGGGGUUUGGCGGCGGUGGGAGGCGUCAACGUGUGCCUCCGCCGCGUGGAUGCCCCGUCUGUUUACCAGGCUCUGGAGGAGUACGGAGUGACGCACAUGGGCGGCGCGCCGGUGGUGCUCAAUAUGCUGAGCAACUACACAGGGAGCGCAUUGACCGCUCCAGUCCAUGUCUUAACAGGCGGAGCGCCACCGCCUGCGGCGUUGCUUGAGCGGGCUGAGUCGUUGGGGUUCAUUGUGAGUCAUGGGUACGGACUGACUGAGACGGGAGGCCAUGCUGUGAUGUGCACUUGGAAGAAAGAAUGGGACCAUUUGCCAGGGUCGGAGAGAGCGAGGUUGAAGGCAAGGCAAGGAGUGGGAUCUAUUUGCUCUGCCGAAGUGGAUGUGGUGGACCCAUACACUGGCGAGAGCUUGGGUCGCGACGGCAAGACGAUUGGGGAGGUGGUGCUGAGAGGAGGCACAUUGAUGUUGGGAUAUUUGAAUGAUAAAGAGGGAACAUCGCGGUGUAUGAAGGAGAAUGGAUGGUUUUGGACAGGAGACAUGGGCGUGAUGCAUGAAGAUGGAUACUUGGAGGUGAAGGAUAGGUCCAAGGAUGUCAUCAUCUGCGGCGGAGAGAAUAUUAGCAGCAUUGAAGUGGAGGCCAUUCUCUACAGUCACUCAGCCGUGCAUGAGGCAGCUGUGGUGGCACGGCCGUGUAAGUACUGGGGUGAAACGCCGUGUGCGUUCGUGAGCUUGAAGGAGGCUCACGAGAAGCCAUCAGAGAAGGAGAUAAGGGAAUUCUGUAAGGAGAGGAUGCCGCUUUUCAUGGUGCCUAGGUUGGUGGUGUUCUUGCCGGACCUGCCCAAGACGUCUACUGGAAAAGUCCAGAAAUUUUUACUCCGAGAUAUGGCAAAACAAAUCUGAAUACUUUAAUUAGUAGCUAUUGUUACUUUCUUUGUAUUCCCUCCAAUUCACCAUUAUAGACUAACACUUGUUUUAAAAAAUGUGAAAUAGAAAAUAAGUUCAAAAA